AAUCACAGUACAAUGAAUAUCUUAAUGGUCAUCGGACCAUGAUAUUUAUGACGGUCACCCUAUGUUCGGCUGUGUUUCCGCAAAUAAAGUAUGUGGUAAAACGUUUCUAAACUCUACGGUGAAAGCAACUAAAUUAUAUCCAAGAUGGGCGAAAAGAACAAGGAAAAUAAGAGGUCCAUUCUGCUCACUAACGAUGAGAAUGAAAUCAUUGUCAGCAUGCUUGGUCAUAAAUGUCAGACUUUAGCAACUGCAGUUGUUCAACUGAUGGCUGCAUUUCCUGAAUCCAGGGAUCGAUGGACGAAGAAAACGACUGGUGUAGCCUGUUUUGUAAAAGACAACCCCAAACGAUCGUACUUCAUUCGCGUCUACGAUGUCAUGGUGGGUUGCAUGAUAUGGGAACAAGAGCUUUAUACCACUUUCAAGUACAAUGUGGUCCGUCCGUUCUUCCACACUUUUGCUGCAGACAAAUACAAUGUCGGCCUGAAUUUUGCAAGUGAAGAAGAAGCGACGACGUUCAAACAACCAAUAUUAUCAUUGCUACGAAGGAACGAAGCCAAGAAAAGAAAGAGAGAAGAAGAACGCAAGAAUCAAAAAAACAAACAAAUACAGACUCCUGGUCCUCAAAAGUUUGACAGUGGUGACAAUGUUGAUGGCAAAAGACCACAAGCUGUUGUGAGGAAGAAAAAACGGAAAAUAACCAAGGAAGAUAUUGGUGAACCAGCUGAUUUUAAACACAUUGAGCACAUAGGAUGGAACCCAGAAGCUGGAUUCAGUCUAAAUGUUGACAUGCAGGAUGAAAAGUGGAAGACACUUCUUAAUGAAAUAGGCGUGACUAAACAACAACUUAGUCAAAAGUCCACAAGGGAAUUUAUCUAUGAUUUUGUACAAAAAAAAGGAGGCAUUGAUGAAGUUACCAAAAAAAUUCGACAAGAAAUGCGACCUCAAGGUCCUCCUCCGCCUCCUCCUUCUAGAGGAUCAUCGCAACCUCCAGACAGAAGUGCUCCUCCUCCUCCACCACCUCGUGGGUCUGUCCCGCCCCCACCUCCACCUGCAAGGGCGGGCACACUACCUCCACCACUUCCUUCAAGGGGUGCCGGGCCACCACCGAUACCACGAGGGACCCUUCCAAUGGGUGGUGCUCUACCUCCUCCUCCUCCACCACCACCACGAGCAAUGGGAGCGCCACCACCACCACCACCACCUCCUGGUUUUCCACCUCCUGGUUUUGGAGGUAGUCCUGGUGCUCCUCCUCCACCACCCCCUAUAGCUAGUGGUGGCAGAGGUGACCUGUUGAUGCAGAUUCAGCAAGGAAAAGCAUUGAAGUCUCUAGGUGAAGAAACAAGGAGGAAAUCAAAUGCUGGAGAUCGUAGUGAUCUCCUAAGUGAAAUCCAUAAAGGAACUACCCUCAGAAAGGUGUCACAAGUAGAUGGACCCAAACCAGAGGCUGAAUCUGGCGGCAUUCUAGGAGCUCUCCAGUUAGCCUUAUCAAAGAGAGACAAUGCUAUACAUUCAUCAGAUGAUGAUUCUGAUUCUGAGACGGAGUAUGACAGUGAUGAUGAUGAAUGGAAUGACUAAUCAACUGGAACAGUAAAACUUAGAUAUUCUCAAGCCUCUGUUCGAACUUUUAAGGCAAACAAUUUAGUGUAAAAUUUCGGGUUACUCAUAGUAAAGAACUAUUUAAAAUAAUAAUAAUAAUGAUGAGCUAUGAAUCUUAGAGAAUUCAAAGAAUUCAAAGCUGUUAUUGACACAUGACAUAAUUACGUCACAACAAAACAUUCAAAUUCUAAGGUUUAUUGUCGCAAGCGAGGGACAGAAUCAAUGCAUAUCAAAGAAAAUGGCGGGCAAUCACUAAUACAUGAUCGAAAUUUGAUACUUUGAAGACUUUUAAAUGUAAAUAGAGCCAAAUUUCCACUGUUUCAGAGCAUCUAUAUUUCAUAUUUUUACUGUAAGGAUACUGUGACUAUAGGCCAAUAGUUCGUGAGGCAUAACAGGAUUCAAAAUGAAAAUGAGCUUAAAACGAAUUACUAUUAAAAAGGGCAAGAAUUGAGUUCGACGUAUGAACCGAAGUAAUGAUUAAUCAUUAAUACCGAUAUGCUUUUAAACACUUCUAUUACCAGAAAAUAAUGAGAUAAAGUGAGCCAAAUGGUUAUUAAUACCAUAAUGAAAAUCCAUUAUGUUGAAUACUUAACACGGAAUAGUAUAGCAGCUCUUUAAUUUUCUUUCGCGGUUUGUAUGGUUUUACUCAACAGUCGGCCAUUAGAAUUUUCUCUCCGGCGAUGUUUUACACUCUUCUGUACUUUUAUUAUUAUAUCGAAAAUCAUGCACAAGGGAAAACAGCAGAGGUAGACUUAGAGUGCCUUUAUAAUAGUAUAACAAAAAAAAGUAUAAAUAAUGUUUCAUUCAACGAAAAGCGCGAAACUGAAUAAUGAAUAAAGAGUCCCAAGGGCUUAAAUGUA